AUGAUAAAAGAAAUUGUACAGAAAAGCCCUACUAAAAUUGUAAAUUUUGAGCCUUCCUUAAAUGAGAACAGAAGAAAACUUUCAAUUAAUUUUUAUGUAAGAGCUUUAACAAAUGGAGAAAAAAGGGAUCAUAAAUGGCUUGUGUAUUCAAAAUCUAUUGAAAAAGAUUUUUUUUCUUUUUGUUGUAAACUUUUUGAAUUUUCUUCAAGUAAGCUGUCAAGCAAUGGACUCUGUGAUUUGGUUCAUUUAGGGAAUUGGCUUCAAGAAGGAACAUUGGCAUUGGGUUCUAAAAAGAAUUAUACACACCAUCAGGUACCUAGCACAACAAAAUAUGGCCUUAAGGGGAACCAGCGACGAGCUCUAUCAAGAAAAUGA